AUGCCCUCUAUCAAGGAUAUUCCGCAGCGGCCAUGCCGGCUAUCAGUGUGGACGAAAUCCAGAUCUGAGAGUCAGCUGAAUAGUUGCAACGGCGACAUCCUUUCAACGGGCCGGGGAAAUCAAGUAAAAUUUCUAAAAUUGCAGUCGUUCUUAAAAGUGAUAAUGCAAGCCAGGUUCAAAUGUUAA